UGAUGUAGCAAUUACAAUAAUCCGCAGUAGGAAUUUCGAAAAAUAAACGCGCGAUUCAUCUAUCUUGAAAUAACAAUGCAAAUAAUUGGUUGUUGAACAAAAUCAAAAGAUUUCACCGAAAAUUAAACGGUAUUGAUCGAUGAGUACUACAUGAGUACUAUAAUAGAACUUAAGCACAAGUUUUGAUUAAAUUUAUAUGUAAAAAACAUUAUAAAAUAAAAUUUCAAUCGCCAAAAUGCAAAUGCCACAUCCUAGUGAAAAUUUUGGAGAAGAUAGCACGACUGAUUCUCGUGGCUGUGUUAAUAUACCCAAAAUGGAGCUGCUCAAGGUUAAUUAUGUACACCAGUGCAAGAAUGCUAUUAUGUACAGGUCGAGCGAGCCACAGCUGGCUGAGCGUCGAAAAAAUCCGACUCGUUUUGGUGGAUACCGCCGAAGUCUAUCGCAACUCGGGCAUAAGCAUCAAACCGGUCCUACUCUCUCGACGAAUUGCUCUAUGACUUCUUUGUCCUCCCAAAAACCGCCAAUAGUUGAUUCUUGGAAGUUGCUAUUGCAACCAAGUCAAAACCCAGGUUCUAUGGAAAUGUUUAAGGUUCAGGAGCAAAAACUGACAAAUCUCAUUGGCAUUAAAUCACGGGCAGACCGCAUCGCACGAAUAGAGACCAUAGAGUGCAGAUCACUCCUAAAGUCCGACUCUCAAAAUCUUCAGCCAAAAGCAGUACAGGACCAAUCCCGCUCAAAUCAAUUUGUACCAUUCUGGUUGUUUAAAAACGAAAGAAAUACAAUCGGCAGUAACAGCAAACAUUUCAGCAGUAAUGACUUCACGGCACCACCAAAACAAUCUCCCCACUUAAAAAAAAAAAAGAUAAUUCGUGUUCACACUCGAAAACAAUAUCCGAUAACUACCACUAAUAUGGAUCGGUCCAUCAGACAAGCUGAACUUCCCGAGAUCAAUUAUCGUGAUGAAAGCUACGAUUAUAAAAGUUUCAAUUCCCAAUGUGAAGAUCAGAAAUGUUUUCUCAGCAGCUGCUCUGAUUCCGACGUUUCUGUCUAUAGUGAAUAUAGCCAGCAUCCAUGCAAGCAUUACACAACUUUUCAUACAGGGGAUUUUCCCAGUUGCCAAAAUAAGGGAAAACCAAUACUAAGGAAGGAAUAUGAAGGCUCAAUUCAAAUAAAAACCCAUGGGGAUCCUAACGAUCUGCAGAAUUUUUUGAAAAAGAAUCUGACUAAGGCUACAACCAAUGAACUGCUAAAAGCAGCAUCAGAAAAUGAAAAAAAGUGUAAUAUUGAAAUAGAGCGAAGAUUAAUUGAUUUGAAAAUAAGUGAAAAGGAUUUCAAAUUUAAUGACAGCGAGGACUACAUAAAGGUCGAACCCAGUCCAUCACCAAUGGGUAACAUCACUUCGGAGAAUUUAGUCAGACCGAACGGCAACUACAACGACCAAAGUAAAAUUCAGAAUUCCUCUGGGUCGCAUUCUGUUUCAUUCUCUAGCUGUAGUGGUUCAUGCUUGAAUAAUAGUUCUGUAUGUGAUUCAGAAGAAGAUUUCUGCGACGGUGAUGAACACAAAUAUUCCAAAACUUAUCUUAAGUACUUUUCCAAGAACGGUACCAAUGCUAUGGAAGGGGUUUUUCGGAACAACGCGUAUGAUGACUUUCCAGUGAACAAAACUGCCAGCUGUUGCUGUAACAUGUCUUGUUGCGACGAGGAUGAUUGUUCAUUUUUUGAUGAAAAUGUAGGCGAUUCCAUACCGCUGCAACAACUAGAACAAAGCGAAGUAGCCGAAUACCUCACAAGGAACAAAAUAUUACUACUUAAGACUGAAGAUAAGAAAAACCUAAAGCCAAAAAGCACCGAUAGUAUCACAUCUUUGAUAUCCUCCUGGAAUUUAAGCCCGGUUCCAGAAACCGGUGAGCUACUUCAAAAUCAACAGGAUGUUGAGCGACGACGCCUUAGACGUGGUCAUGUACUAAAGGAACUUUUGGAGACGGAGCGCAUCUACGUACAUGAAAUGAGCUCAAUCUUAAAGGGCUACUAUGAUCGUUUGAAAUCAGAAAUGCUUUGCCCCACUAGCCUCCAAGGAAAAGAGGAUGUGCUGUUUGGGAACCUGCAUGAGCUCUAUACCUUUCAUAAUGACGUUUUUCUUAAGGAUCUUGAAAACUGUAUUUCGACCGCUGAGCUCGUCGCACUAUGCUUUGUUCAAAGGCGUGAUACAUUUUAUCAACUGUACUCUUUCUAUUGUCAAAACAUUUCUCGCUCAGAGCGCUUGCGAGAAACUCUGUCGGAUACACAUUUGUUUCUUCAAGAGUGUCAGAAACGAUUGGGUCAUAAGCUUCCACUGGCGGCAUACUUGCUUAAGCCAGUUCAGAGAAUUACAAAAUACCAGCUUCUUUUGAAAGAUUUGCUGCGCUUCAGCGACAAUGGUAUCUGCACAAAAGAACUUCAAAACGCACUUGAUUCUAUGUUAAUUGUUUUGAAGUGUGUUAACGAUUCUAUGCAUCAAGUAUCAAUAACAGGGUUUCCGAGUGACUUAGCGCAACAAGGUGACCUUAUGAUGCAAGACUCAUUCCAGGUGUGGACUGAGUCUAAAAAGGAUAUUCGUUUACGAAUCAAGUCGCGUCAGCGACAUAUUUUCCUUUAUCAAAAAUCUAUGCUGUUCUGUAAGCAAACUUUUAAAGCGAGCAACAACAAAAGUUCCUAUGAAUUUAAGAACUCUGUUAGGAUGUCACAAAUUGGCUUGACUGAGUCUGUGCGAGGCGAUACAAAGCGCUUUGAAGUUUGGCUUAAGGGACGCCAGGAAGUUUACACCUUACAGGCACCCACAACGUGUGUAAAACAAAAAUGGGUUGCGGAAAUUAAGCGGGUCCUACUUAACCAGCUCGAAGAGCUAAAAGGCGAAAAAAUAAAGCAUAACAAUUUUAACCAUGAAGGUCUUAAGCAAGCAAUAUCUUGGGACACCCCUAACAUUAUACUUUCUCCUCCGAGCCGUUCGAUAAUUAUAGAAUCUAAUUUUGAAACUUCUAACCGGAAUUCAAAAUGCAACAGCAUUAAUGAACGCUUUACAAACUUUAAUACCGUUGAUGGACCAUCGGGCAAUCAUCUACAGGAAAAGUGGACCUGGAGCUCAGAUUGUUCAAACAGUGAAGACAAACCAUGUCUAAUUAAUAAAAAUAUUUCCCCGACGGGCCCACAAGACAUGGAUACCUAGGACCUGCAUUCGGCCAAGCAAAAACCGGGAAUGCUUCAGGCAUUUUCAAUUUUUAAUUCC